UCUUGCGGUUUUAACAUCCAACAUAAAUCAAUUCUUGAACAAGCAACUAAAAUUCACGUUUAUCUCUUUAACCUUCAACAUGAAUUCACAAACAAGGAGGGAGGUGGAAACUACAACUGCACAAGGUGGAGUUGAGGGAGGUGAGAGAAGGGUGGAAACAACUAGUUAUGAAUCAUCAGCGGGGCAAGGGCAACAAGUGAGGAGUGUGGAGGUGGUUCACCAGCCCCAUCCCCGGAAGAGUCCCAACACUAGUGGCGGUGUCUUGGAGGGUGCUGCUGCCGCCGUGGAAACCACUCUUCAAUCUGCCAAGGAAGCCAUCUCAAGAUAAAUAAAUAACCUUCCCAAUUACAUUUGAGAGAGAAUUUCUUCUCGAAUGUUGUUGACACUGUACUAAUUAUUUAUUAUAAUAAGCUUUGCUCUGUUUUUUCAUCAUUAAAUUCAUCAUCAUACAAAUGAAACGGCGUUAAUUGAAAAGCCUGCGUCUA